UUCGUAUGUUCUAUCAUUAUAAUUAGGAUAUUUCCUAGAUAGAAUAAGUACAAAAAUAUUAUUGUUUCUAUAUCAGAAUUUUUAAAAUUAAUUCGUUACAUUUAAACAUAUAACAAGGAGAAUAAGAAGUGUUUAUGUAUUGAAAUAAUGUCGGCUGAAUGUAAAGGGGAAGUAUCCUUAGAAGUACCCAGUAUGGUUGUAGCAGACCGUGUAAAUGGUACAAAUCAAUACAAAAUCCGUCAAUCGUGAGAUUCAGUGUAAGGACUUCUUACAAUUGUUCUCUCUUUGCGAUAGAUAAUUACCAAUGAUUUUUCGUGCAGUUUUUAAAUAAUUAUGUGUGAACUGGGUUCUACGAAUUGAAUUAUUGAAAAUCUAUCGUGAUUAUAUUAUUGCGUGAAAGUACUUAUUUCUGGCAGCAUGUCCCAGCGAUCGACGAUUCGCAGGAGAUCGUUUGAGAGCGAAAGUAUAUAUUCUGUUCCAUCAUCGGUGGUAAGAGAAUCUCGUAGUGUCUUCAACCCAGAAUGGCGGCAAUACCUAGCAAUUAGUAUUGCGACGUUAACCAUGUUGCUAGGCGGUACAGUCAACGGAUGGACACUGGCUUCUGUUCGCACGGAAAUAGUCAAAGCCCGCAGAAUACCGCUAAGGUUAAUAAACGACGAAAGUUCAUGGAUCGUUCCUUUGACAGGAAUGAUCGGUUCACUUGUGGCUGUCCAGUUGGCCGAUUGCUGGGGUCGUAAAUACUGCCUCUUUCUAUCCAGCAUAAUGUUCACCUCAGGCUGGUUCAUCAUGUACGCCGUAACUGGCGGCCCAAUGAUAUACCUUGCUUGGGUGAUGCUCGGUAUAGCUGUUGGUAUUGCCCAUACGAUAAAUCCAAUGUACGUGUCAGAAAUCAACACCGACAUCAACAGCAGCGGCGCUAUAGGUGCUCUAAUCACAGCGAACGUAAUCAUGGGGGAACUGCUAACCUGCACCGUAGUAAUCUGGCUGACGAACAAGUCACUCCUGUUGAUACUUGCAACAAUAUCCUUUAUAUCCAUGUUGCUGAAUACGUGUUGCCCCGAUACUCCGUAUUUCUUGGCGGCAAAAGGUAAAAAGCAGCAAGCAUGCAAGUCGAUAGAAUAUUACAAAGGCAUUGUAGAUCCCCACAGAGUGAAUGUCGAACUACGUGCUCUACGUGCACAAGCCAGAUACAUAUCACACCCACAAUCCAGUUACGAAUUAGAACAACAAUCCAGUUACGAAUUAGAACAACAAUCCAGAGGCGAUUUACACUCACAAUCCAUGCCCUCAAUACACUCAGAAGUCAUAUCCGAAACACACCCGCAACCCACAGGUGAAGUACGCUUACAACACUCGCUCGACUCACCCGAAUUACCCCUACAAAACCCCCGCGAAUUACGCUCUCAAUCCACAGGCGAAUUACACCGACCACCUACAAGCCAAAUAUACCGACCACCCAUAUGCGACAUACUCCGAUCACCCACAAACGAAAUAUACGGACGAUCCGAACGCGAGUUAACCCGAUGGGUCACAAACCAAAUAUACCGACCACCUACAAGCCGAAUACACCUGCCACCCACAAGCCAAAUACAUCGACCAUCUACAAGCGCAAUACACCCAGAACCCACAAGCGAAAUGUACCGACAAUCCAUAAGCCAGGUACAGCCAGAACCCAGAAGCGAAAUACAAGCACCAUCCACAAGCCAAAUACAUCGACCAUCUACAAGCGCAAUACACUCAGAACCCACAAGCGAAAUGCACCGACAAUCCACAAGCCACGUACUGCCAGAACCGAGAAGCGAAAUACAAGUACCAUCCACAAGCCAAAUACAUCGACCAUCUACAAGACAAACGUACCGACCAUCCUUAAUUGAAGUGCACCGACCAUCUACAAGCCGAAUAUACCGACCACCUACAAGCCAAAUACACCUGCCAUCCACAAGCCAAAUACACCUAUCAUUCACAAGCGCAGUACACCCAGAACCCACAAGCGAAAUGCACCGACAAUCCAUAAGCCAGGUACAGCCAGAACCCAGAAGCGAAAUACAAGCACCAUCCACAAGCCAAAUACAUCGACCAUCUACAAGCGCAAUACACUCAGAACCCACAAGCGAAAAGCACCGACAAUCCACAAGCCAGGUACUGCCAGAACCUAGACCAUCCUUAAUUGAAGUGCACCGACCACCUACAAGCCAAAUAUACCGACCACCUACAAGCCAAAUACACCUGCCAUCCACAAGCCAAAUACAUCGACCAUCUACAAGCGCAAUACACCCAGAACCCACAAGCGAAAUGCACCGACAAUCCAUAAGCCAGGCACAGCCAGAACCCACAAGCGAAAUACAAGCACCAUCCACAAGCCAAAUACAUCGACCAUCUACAAGCCAAACGCACCGACCAUCCACAAGCGAAAUACAACCAGAACCCAGAAGCGAAUUACACACAAGCAAUUUAAUCACAAAAUCCUGUUUAACCAAGCUGAAAUUAAUACUACAACGAAGCAACCGGAAAGCUCUGUUUAUCAUGCUUGGCUUGAUUAUGGCACAACAUCUUAGCGGAAACUUCAUCACUGUGCAGGAUCUGCAACUGGUUUUAAGAGAAGCAAGGGUCGUUAACGAUCUAUACGAAGGGAUGAUUGCCAUGCAGUUUAUCAAGUUUCUAUCUUACGGUUUAACCAUGUUUAUGGUGGAUUCGUUUGGAAGGAGAAAACUUUUGCUUCUGUCUACGUUUGGGUCGAGUCUUACAUUGAUUAUUCGAGCAACUUAUCUUUUGUUACGUUUGUAUAAGAUUGACGUUUCCAUCGUCUCUCUGCUUCCCGUUAUCGACUUAAUUAUAUAUCAAAUAGUGUUUCAAAUUGGUUUAGGUAUAUUACCCUAUAUUCUCUUAGGCGAGUUAUUUCCUACGAAACUAACGGGGUUUGCUGCUGCCAUCAUUGUGAUUUUCGAUUAUAUAAUUGGUUUUUCCGUGUCGAAAAUGCAUCUAGAGAUUCUCGAUAAGGUAGGGUUGUGCGGGACUUCCUACAUCUUCUCGAUAGCAUGCAGUAUUUCACUUCUGAUGGUGAGCCUAUGGGUACCGGAAACAAAAGGAAAAACAUAUCAGCAGAUUGAAGCCCUUCUAGUUGGUGAAAAUUUGAAUUCUUUGAAUGAAGAAGUUAGAACCGAUGAAAUGGAUAAUUAAAGAUUCUGACAGGAGAAAUUGCACCGUACAUCCGUUACACGGUGUCUACUUACUCGGAAUAUUUUAUUUCUCAUUUUUAUUAGUAUAAGGAUAAAGAUCCAUAAUUUUAUCACGACAUGCAAUUUUUGUAGUAACGUAGUUUUUUUCGUUUGUUCGUGUAACUUUAGAAAUGUGUCUAACAACGAUGAUGGUCAUUUACAAACAUAUGUAUCGUAUAAAUUGACUUGCAUUGAACUGAGAGGAAUACAUGUUCUCAAACUAAACUUUUUAUCCAUUUCAUAACUCGACAAUGCAACAAUAUCAAUUAAGUCGAGAUAAUUGAACAACAGUUUGCAAAAGUAAGAAAAGUAAUAUAUUAAAGAAUGACAAGGUAACAUAAUACUGACAAGAACAAUUUUUUAUAUCUCAGCUGCUAUCUAUACCGUUAUUUUUUGUUUCCAAUAUAUAACAUAUGUGUAUCACAUAUACACAUGUUAAUAUUGUUAAGGUAAACAACAUGUAUGUUGAAGAAGUUAGCAUUUAUGUUAAAAAUAAUGUAAUAUAAUUAAUAUAACACAUUGCUAAUAAGUACAUAUGUUACAAUGUGUUUGUCAAUGAUAAGCAUAUGUGUUUACAUAUAUAAAAAUAUAUGUGUAAGACACGGAUUUUUCGGUGUUAUAUUAUAAUUAUUACUGAAAAAUAUUAGAAUAUGUUAGUUCGAAUAUUAUUGUAAUUACUGUACCAUAAUACAGUAAUAAAUAUCUAGCCUUGUCUAGCAGAAAUUCUAUCAAACUGUUGAAUGUUAUAUUCGGUAAAUUACGACUAUAAUAAUAGUGUUCACUUCAGAAAUUUAUAUUUCCUACUGUUAAAACACUAUAAUUAUUAAAUAGCGAAAAUUUAAAUAUCGAUAAUUUUAUAAAGCCGUGUCUAUUAACAAUUAUGUAUUUAUUGCAUAUAUUUAAAACAAAUAUUUUAUUAAAAAGCUACAAGAAACAUGGAUUUACUAUCUAUAUAUAAAGGCACAAACAAGAUUUUAAAUGUUCUAUUUUAAGUUUUAUUCCAGACGACUUUAUUACAGAUACCCCUAGUGAAAAUUAAUUAAAGGAGUCCGAAUGAAGAUGAGUCAACUGUAAUACCAAAUACUGCUAACGUCCUAAACCUACGUCAUGCUAAAUCAGUAACGUCGAGAACAAUAUAAAUAUGGUAAGAAAACUACCAAGUUUACUGGGUAAAGCACUCUGAAUAGCGACCUUCUCUUCCACGGUACCAUCGCCCCUCCAUUUUACCAAUGUAAUACUAAUUUUGUAUAAAAGAAUUCGGACAAAUUUUUUUUCCCAUUCAUUUGCAAAAUAUUAGUUCUUUGAUCGUUAUGGAAAACAAACAACAAAAACAGCUGUAAGAAGGACCGAAGCGUAAAUUUACAACUGAAUGUAAAGUUCUAGUUAAACCAAAAACUAAAUCGCAUUAAUAUUAUAAUUCUCUGUGAGAUGGUAAUUCGUACAUGUAUCGAUAUUUCAAACAUUCACUAUAAUAAAAACGCGACUAGAUGCGACAUUGUAUGGGACUCUGUCGCGUGUUCUGAAACGCAACUAUCGAAAAAUAUCAGUGCUUUUAAUGUUCUCUACCAUUAAUAACGUUGCGUCGCGACGAAUGUAAUUAUCUGAAAAGUGUACUCGCUAUAUUUCCAUUAUGUGAUCGUUUGAAUGUGCUAUGUUUUAUAUACUUGGAAUUUAAUUGUGAAAAUUUAUAAAUGGUUAUACAUUAUUCCGAUGGAUUGCAACAUUUAAAAAUCUAAAAAAUUAAAAUAAUAAAUUAAUUAUCCUGAUAA